GCGGGCAAAAACACCGGCACGCUCCCUCUCCUUCAAGCCGGGGAAUAAACAGGGAAGAGCAGCAGGAGCAGGAUCCACCUCCCCGACAUCUAUGGUCCUCCCUCGGAUGUGGCUGUGACAGACAGGUAGGUUGUUGUUACCCUACUGAGGCAACAGAAGAGAAGUUGGAGGCAAAGCCAGCACGUGGGGAGUCCUCCGGUCCAGCAGGUGGCAGCAGUGGGCAUGCAGGAGUCGGCUUCUGACGGCAAGAUGGCCAAACAGGAACAGAACUCCAAACAUCUGGACGACCACAGAGAAACAGACGACAUGUCCGAAAAGACCUCCUCGAAGAAGAACCUCAACUCUCCCCAGAAAGGCUCAAAGCGGCUUAAAACCAUUCAUUUUAAAGUCACCCUGCUGGAUUCCUCUGAUUUUGAAGGAGAAAUUGAGAAACACUCCAAGGGACAGAUCAUGGUGGACAUGGUGUGUGGACACCUUAACCUGCUGGAGAAGGACUACUUUGGUCUGACCUUUGCUGACACAGAGAGCCAGAAGAACUGGGUGGACCCCUCCAAAGAAAUCAAGAAGCAGAUGCGUAGCUCUCCGUGGCAGUGUGCCUUUGCUGUCAAGUUUUAUCCUCCAGAUCCCUCCCAGCUCAUAGAGGACAUCACCAGAUACUACCUGUGUCUGCAGCUGAGAGAUGAUAUCCUGUCAGGUCGACUGCCGUGCUCGUUUGUCACUCACGCCCUCCUGGGCUCCUACACAAUCCAAGCGGAGCUCGGCGACUACGACCAAGACGACCACGGCUCUGAUUAUGUCAGCGAUUUCCGUUUUGCUCCCAAUCAGACACGCGAGCUGGAGGACAGGGUGAUGGAACUUCAUCGAAACUACAAGGGGAUGACACCAGCCGAAGCUGAAAUUAACUUCUUGGAGAAUGCAAAGAAAUUGUCCAUGUACGGCGUAGAUCUCCACCACGCUAAGGAUUCUGAAGGGAUUGAAAUAAUGCUGGGCGUCUGUGCCAACGGCCUGCUGAUUUACCGUGACAGGCUGAGGAUCAACCGCUUCGCCUGGCCAAAGAUCCUCAAGAUCUCCUACAAGAGGAGCAACUUCUACAUCAAGAUAAGACCCGGCGAGUAUGAACAAUUUGAAAGUACAAUCGGUUUUAAGCUCCCCAACCACAGAGCGGCCAAAAGGCUGUGGAAGGUCUGCAUCGAGCAUCACACUUUCUUCCGGUUGGUAUCUCCAGAGCCUCCCCCUAAGGGCUUCUUGGUCAUGGGUUCAAAGUUUCGAUACAGUGGAAGGACUCAGGCUCAGACCAGACAGGCCAGCGCUCUCAUAGACCGCCCUGCUCCCCACUUUGAACGUUCAACCAGCAAGAGGUACCUUCUCUCCAGGAGCCUGGAUGGAGCAGAGUUCUCCCGGCCAGUGUCAUCCAUGUGUGAGAACCAUGACGGCCUAACCCAUCGCAGCAUGAGUGAACAACGCCAUCUCCACAGCCCUUCCCUGGACGAGCAAGAGACAGAGAUGGAAGCCAGCUUGGAGCAGGACGAAGACGACAAGGACCAGGAGAUGCUGCAGGAGAAAGAGCCCGCUGGCAACGUCACCCCCAGCAGAAAUAAAGAGAUUAUGGAGGAGGCUGGUUCACCAGCUGAGAAUAAACCAGAGUCUCCUGCCCCAACUCAGCUCUCUCAGUUGGACCAGGAGACCACUCCUCGGCACAAACAGGAGUUUCUGGAUAAGUCGCAGGACGUCUUGCUGAAGCACCAGGCUAGCAUCAAUGAGCUGAAGAGAGCCCUGAAGGAGCCCACCAGCAAGCUGAUGAACCGCGAGAAGAAUCUUUCCUCCUCAUCCCCGACUGGAACACCGGAGAGGAAGGCUCUGCCGAGCCGGGCGGCAGGAAAGGACCCUGUCAACAGCCUGUCUGUUGAGGGUUUUGUCCAGAAGACUCUUGUGACUUCACCUGAGGGCUCUGAGGAGUGGGUAUUGAUUGAAAAGCAACAACCUUAUCAAGAAGACCAUGACUGGAAGGCAGAAGAAAAGAACAAAUCUCUCGCCUCAGAUUACUUGUGUGAGAAAAAGGAGCUGGAGAAAGAGAUAGACAUAACCAAGAUGAUGCAGAAAGAGGUAACUGUGUAUGACAAGAAAGAGAUGAAAAGCCAUGUUGAUGAAUUUCCAUCGGGAAAAGCUCUCAAAGAGGCAGAUGCCGGCUCUGAGACUUGGCCUUCUGUGAUUCAAUUAUCUGAGAGCGCAGACUCGCUUCGAGCCAAAUCUCAGAAUAAACCACCUCACACCUCAGACCCCGAGGCGAACAGCGAUGUGCUCCAGGACUCGCUACAGAUAAAAGAACCGAUCGCUUCCCAAACAAGGACAAAGAGGAGACCCCAGAGCCUAAACCUGGGAAUGCCUGCCGAGUUCUUGCGCAGAAGAGCAGGAAGCAGCUCGUCUGGGGAGGACAACGAGGACUCGGAUUCAGACAACAACUCAGAAAAGCUGCCUAAAUACUCCCCUCCACCGAUGAAGAUGACGGACGACCAGGGACGAGGGAAGGACCUGCUUGUUAAGAUCAAUAAAGACAACGUAAAAGAGGAUUCCUCAGUCGGAGAGAGGACGGAGGGGUCCAGUCAAGCAGUAGAGAAGGGAAAGAAGAAGGAAACCCAGGUUGGGAAGACAGAUGUGGACGUAGGCCCACUGAACGGACCUGCAACGAUAGAACACGAUAACUCAUUGUCUGGUGUUAGAGGAGAGUGUGUGAUGAAGGUACGAGGGAAGGCCCUUAUCGACAACAAGGAACUGGCUGAAGUAAAACUUCGGCAAGUCAGGACACACGAGCGAAAGAUCAGCAGUUCUGGUGGAGAGGAUGUGGACAGUUUCUUGGGGGACAGAAGCCAGAGGACGUCUCUCCAACGACUGUCGGGCAGCAGCUACCAGGCGGAGAUCACCAGGAUCGUUCCCCUCAAACCAGAGCGGGCCAAGAGUGUGGCGUGUAAGGAUGAGAUGGAGCGGCCGGGGCCGGAGGAAUCCGCACGGUCUCUCAGGAGAGAAUACCGCUGGUCGGUUGGUUCUCCGGAGGGAUCCUCGGACCUCAGCUGGAUCGACGUCCCGGCCUUCAAUGCAGCAUUCGCCACAAAUCCGGAGGCUCUCGGUAGAAGUGAAGAUCCAGAUGACAGCUCUCUGCCUGGCAGAGCGACUGCAGAGAGUCAGGCGGUUGGCUUGAAAAUGGCAGCCCUCCCCAAGAUGGCUCCUCCAGCUCCACCGGUGAAGACGAAGAAGGCCAGAGAGUCCGGGCUGAUCCUGCGGAACAGCCGGAACGCCGGCAGGGAGCCGGGCCUGGACGCAGCCAAGAAGAGACACUCGGAGCCUGUCUCUACUCCUGCCAUAUAUGAAGAGCCAUUUGCUGACUUCAAGAAGGAGCUUGUGGAGCGGAGGCCUCAGUCGCGCACGGCCUCAGAGGAGGAGCAGGAGCGGGACACGGUGGCCUGCAUGAGGGAAACCCACCUGGCCAUCGAGCGCAAGUGCUCCAGCAUGACGGUCAGCUCAACGUCCAGCCUGGAGGCCGAGGUGGACUUCACCGUCCUCACGGACCUCAACCCCGGGACGGAAGACGUUUCUAAGUGCGCGUCUGAGCCGGGAGAGAGGGAGCGGCAGCCGGAGGUGGGGCGGGACGACUUUGAGGAAACCUCCCGGUUCUACUCUGCCCGUCUCAUGGGCUCCAGGGACAAGUCUCCCAUGGAGGAGAAACUUCCAGAGGAUGGACCGCAUCAUGAGCCUCCCGUGGCAAAGAAAGACCCCAGCGCCGUCAGUGUGGCCCACAAGCUUAAGCGGGUGGACUCCGGGACGGAGGCGGACACAAACGGAUCAGAGGUCCAUUCCAACAUCAGGAAUGUCCUGCCACAGAACCACGGAGUCGUCAGUCAGGAUGCCCCCAUCAAAGAAAAUGGCUCCCCUAUAAAGGCUGGCACCCAAGGGAGGGAGUCUGCUGUGUCCCCACUGACCAUCACUGCUGAGAGCGUCACCUCGGCAACCACAACACAAGUUACCAAGACUGUGAAAGGAGGAUAUUCGGAGACCAGGAUCGAAAAAAGGAUUAUCAUCACAGGAGAUGACGAUGUGGACCAGCAUCAGGCCCUCGCCAUGGCGAUCCAGGAGGCAAAGCAGCAGCAUCCUGACAUGCUGGUCACCAAAGCGGUGGUAAUCAGGGAAACGGAGCCUCCCGCGGAGGAGCGGCAGCAGAGGACAGAGUCCUGAUGGGACGGCGCGGCCUGUGAGACGGACGGGAGAGGAGCCUCCAGCUGUGUAUAUUCUGCCCCGCUAAGCAGCAUGCCACCGACCGGUGUAGGAGGACUCUCCGUCGCCACGGCGCACGCGUCAACCCCAGGACAGACUGAGUUCUGAGAAGCAGUAGACCUCCUAUCCCUUUAGACGACAACUGUGACUGCCUCUCAUACGGCCCGGACCGCGGUCCCGGACCAUUCCAGCCCUCCACCCCGUACGGAAAACUGAAUCUGACGGGUUCUGGCUCCUGUGAAACAACGAUCCCCCUCCCCCCCUUUCUUUGAGAAAUGGUUUCUUCCUAUUUAGAGGUCCCAGACAUCCUGCUCACCAUUGUCACCUCCUCGCUGUGACACUCCAGUUAAAUCAACUGCUGUCUUAUUAGCUUUUUACAUUUUUAUCUAUAGAGAAUCUUUACUUAUGUUCAGUGUUGCCUGUUUAUCAACAUGUAUAAUAUCAGAUGAUUAUAAUCUGCAUGAUCAAUUAAUAAUAGCAGAGGGAAUGGAAAGAAUGGACAUGCCCGUAUGUGAGACUGUGGGGAAGCUCUGUGAUGACGGCAGAGGGAGAAACCUAAAGGAAUGGCUGUGGACGGACCGGCAGACGCUGGAGCAGAGAGCUAGAACCGGUCCCGGGUCUCCAUCAUGGCGACCGUCGCCGCCGUCAUCCCACAUCAGUGUUACCGUCGCAUCAUGGUGACGGCGUGGCACCGACAGAAACACCGUCAUAGGAGUUUUACAUGGAUUUUAGGAGAAAUCAUUUUUGUCUGUGUUGAGUUUCACAAAUGUGCUAAUGUUUUUGUUGCUUUUUCUACUUACUUGAUUUUACUGAUCCUGUUGUUCUUGUGCUUUGGACCAUUUCAGUCUAUCUGUAAGAACAUUUUUCUGGCCAACUUUAAUCUGAAGUUAAUCACGGAGCGGUCGCUAAGCGCCAGCUCGGCUCGUUGUGAAGUGGGCUUGUGUUGGACCCUGGAUGGUGGUAGUGCAUCAGAACCUGCCUCGGAGCUUCAUAUUUAUGUAUUUGACCACUCAGAUUGAUUCAGCGUGAGCUGCAAACACAACUUUGACAUAUCCAUAUAAUGUAACAACAUUUACAUUUAAUGAACCACCUAAUAUGCUGGUACAGUCAUGAUCACAAUGGACAGCCUCCACUCAUAUUAGGUCCUCAUAAAAGACAGAAGAAGCGACCAGCUCGUCCUUAGCAGACCCUCAGAAUCAGGAAACAGCCUGAGAUGGAGAGAAUCAGUUGACGUGUUGCAAAAUAUCAUGAUGAGUUUAACUAAAUCGUUGUCAACGUGCAGAGCGGAUGCUCCCUUGUGUAAAACUAGUCAGUUGGACUUCUCUGACUUGGUCUUGGUAGGUUCCAGUCCUCUGGUUUUACAGCGUGGUUUCAGUUCAAGCAGCACUAUGUAACUUUUCCACCUUAAUAUCAUAUUUCCAGAGUCAUUGUGAUGGUACAUCGACUUCCAACAGGUUUAAUGAACCUCUGUCAUGGUCUGAGGGGUCUGUAUCACCUUCACUGGCACUAUGUAACUUUGAGGUGCAUGGUAGGAACCCUGCCACACUAAAAAACUACACAUUUUUACGGCUUUGACUGCUUUACGGCAUAUGUCACUUCCCCCUCCUUCCUGAUUCGUAGUCGAGACGAAAAUGUACAAAAACAUAACCUUCCACAGUAUAGCACAAACAAACACUCACACAGACCGGGGUCGGAUCAAAACACGGGUUUUAUUCCCCACUUCUCCAGCUAAACGCAGUUGCUGGCCAGCUCUCUGCGGUGCGAUUAACCCCAAUUUUCAGAUAAAACUAGUUUGUUGAGGAAAAGAUAUUAACUCUUAUUUGUAGCUGCAGAGGAAAAAAAUAAUCUCACAAGGAAAACAAAAAUAUUGCUCACGACUCAGAGUCUCUUCAGCAUAAUAUAGCAGUCAAAAAAAAAGAAAAGAGAAGUAAGAGUAAUACAAAACAUGUACUGUAUGUUGUACUAUUAUACAAAUUUAUUGAAACACAUGGCGAGUCAAACAUUUACCAAAGCAGCUGCCAAACACUCUUAAACAAGGUAGCCUAAGACGUUGGUUGUGCAGAACUGCGGCAAUAAAUCCUCAUCGGAGCUCCACUCUUUGAUAGGGAUUUCAUAUGAACCCAAACCAUUAAUAAUCAUUAUUUUCUCCAUAUACCGCUCCCUGGCUCCCUUGUUUAAGGUAUCCCGGUAAAUUACAGUUCCUUUCCAGCAGUUUAACAUCUUUUUUUUUGCGUUCUGUCUGUUCACUUGGUGAAACAGAAAAGUAGUUUUGAAAGUCCGUCCCGUCUUCAUUCGCUAUCAAAACAAAUGCACGCGAUGGGCACAGGAUCUUUCCAGGCAGUACGCGCUGGUGCUCAUGGGAAACGUAGUGUUCUUUCUGGUAAAGCACUACCGCUUUUGUCCAAAGGAGCCGCCAAACUCAACAAAAGCGGAAAGUUACAUUGUGCUGCUUUAAAUGACUCUGUUAGCGCUCGUUUGCGUACGUCUCUCUGAAGGUCCCAUCAGUCAGAGGGAAUACUGGACCUUGAUUGGACCAUUCUCUUCCUUUUCAGCCACCCUGUCGCUGAUUUGGUGGUGUGGUUUUGACCGGGCCCAGCUUUGGUCAGUCUUUAGCCGUCAAAGCACCCAGUAAAACUCAGCUGCGGCCAGGUUCCUGGUUCAAAUCCUGCGGGAGUCUUUCUGUGUGGGGUGUGAGUUCUCCUGCACAGGCUUUCUUCAAGUAAUCCAGCUUCUUCUCACUGUCCAAAAACAUGUCAAGCAUUGAUUGUUAUUCCCCAUUAGAGCGAGGAUGAGCGGCAGCAGAUCCCUGUGACGCUGUACGGGAACAAGUGUUCAUAGAUAAUCGAUACAUGUUGCUCUUUGGUAAAACGCCUCCACUCCGGCCUCGUACGGCCUUGUGGGACAUGCAUUGUUCCCUGGAGUUUGUUGACAGGCAACUUUGCCAACUUAAGCUGUUCUUUUACCCACACUCCAGACCUGCAUUGUCUUUUUUUUAUGUAAAGACACAUCAUUUAAUAUUUGAUAUGAAUAACUGAGGUCUGUAGACUCUUAGACUUUGAUUAUUUAUGUUUUUAUCUUCGCAGUUUUGGGGGAACCUGUUGGUCCGGAGAAUACUGGCUACUGACUUGAAUGUUGGGUUUAAAUUGUGAAUCAUCUUCCCCACUGCAGAAUGAUUUAAGAUCAUUGCUCCUUGGCAUUUUGCUCGAACCCCCACCUGAACACACGAGACCUGCAAACACACACGUUCUGCUUUUAUUGAACUCAAUGACGACCAAUUAAUUCAGUUUUUCACACCCUGUCUCUGCGGUCCGUCUCUGUCAUCCACCUGUCCAUCUUCUUUAUUCCAUCUUCUUUAUCCCCUCCAUGGUCAGAGGCACAGGGGACCGGGUCAUGAAAAGAUUUGUUUUGUUAUAAAAAAGAUAUUUAUUACAGCUGCUUCUCACAGUUGUGUUUAAAGAGUUUCUAUCAUGCAUUAGCAUGUUUAUAGAUACAACUCAAAAAAUUCCAAAAUAGUAAGAUUAACAUGGCUGCCUUUCUAUUUAUCUGUUGGUUUUAAUUUGAAAGUGAUUUGAUCUGAGUUCUAACUUAGAAAGCCUCUUUGAAAGCCCACGAUGCACCGUCAGUCCAUAGUGCAUGUUGGCCGGUAAACAUCUCCACAUGCCCAGAGUGACCUUUAAUACUAUACUAUGCAUCACUUAUCAAUUCUAGUCCCACAGAUGGAGCCCGACGUUGCCGUUCUGAACCUCUGCGUUACCGUUAACCGAGGCAGUGAAGCGCACUGUUUGUGAGGUUUGCAAUAAGCAUCCAUUCCUCUCAUCCUGUCCUCUAAAGGGAGAAAACUGUGAACUCUAACGUGUAUUGAAGCAUAACCAAAACCUAUAAUACAGUUGUAGAGUGAUAUUUAAAGAA